AUGGCUUAUAAGUAUCGUGAAGAUUUAGUUGGCAAACGAUUUCUCGCUGUGAGUGGUGUGACAAAAAUUAACGUGAAUAAAGUUUCCGAAUGGGGAUGGAAAGCUGGUGUUAUCAGAGCAGCAUCACUAAAAGAUAACAAGAAUAAGGAGCUCCAGGUGUUAGUGGAAUACGACGGUGUAGACUGGCAACGACGUGAGUGGGUGGCAGUGUAUUCCCGACGGACGUUUCGUGUUUUUUUAGUGGAAAGAACUCUAGUUUGGGCUCCCAGAAAUUAUGAAGGACAAGAUGUCAAAUGGCCCGCUUUGACAUUCACUCCGCUGGCAGCUGACUUGACGCUGCAAGCGGACGCUCAACCGGUGGAAUUUCUUCAUGACAAACAGCUGGCAUUCUUGGAUUACUCCAAUUUACUUCCUUAUCAGGUAACUUAUUACAUAAUGGAUCGUAUAAUACAUUAA